AUGUCCAACGAAAGUGAGAGAGGAAGGAUCCGCGACGAGGCAGUCCCAGCAGUUGGGGACGCCGCGCAAGCGAGCAAUGCUCUAAAGCGCAGAAAGAAGGGCUCGCCCUACUACUUUCGCGGAGCAGUGAGAAUUGCACCACGUAUCGACACGGCCGUAAGCGAAGCUGUGGAUGCACUGGGAUUUAUGUCGACAGCACAAAAAAAAAAACUGUGCAUCUUCGCGGACGGCUCCUUCGACCGGCCGACACACAACGGAGGCUACGCCAUAGCGUACAAUGGCUUUCCACUUGGGCUAAAUACCUCAAGCGACGAUCGACCUGUCGCAAAAGGGUGGACAGCCAUCCACACCAAAGACAACCAUACGUGUGAAGGGCUCUCCAUUGCACAGUCUCUGAGAGAAGCGAUGAAGGAGCUUACCACUCUGGAGGAACACGUUGCUGCCAGGCAUAUCGACACAGCUGUUACUCGAGACCCUGUAGAAGCUUCAGUGAAGAUUUUCUCGGACUCACAGACUGUGCUCAAAGCCAUGAAGGCUGGAAAGUUCCCAAAAAAGAUGAAGCACACCGGCCAUGCCAUCAUCACUUUCUCCGAGGAGUUGAGGGAGAAAUUUGGGGGACCAGGGUGCAAAUUGAAGGUGGACUUAGUGGUUCACUGGAUACCUGGUCACGAUGCCUCAUUCCCCCUGCACCAGAAUGGAGCGGAUGGCGUUUAUGAGGAGGUUACAGCAGCACAGGGAUACAAAGCGGAAAGACUCCUGCGAUGGCGAGAGAGAGAGCAGGAAGAGUGGGAAGAGUUCCCUGAGACACAUGCACAGGACGACCUGCAACUACAACAGAUUGCGGAUGAAGAGAACCUAGCUGGUCAGCCACCCCAACAGACUGGUUCAGACACCCAGCAGCUAGCUUCACAACAACCGGAUCAGCAGGAGUGGUACAACCAGGUCCAGGCAUACUACCACCAGUCUGCGGACUACUGGGAGCAGUUAGGUCGCUGGCAGGACUGGCAGAGAGCCCACGGGCACCAAGCGGGCCAAUGGCUAUGGGAUCAUGGCGCGAACCAAUGGGUUUGGCAGUGGGACAACCACAGUCCUGGCGAGACUGGUAACGGCCAGCCGCCCACCUGA